GGAGCCAAGCAGACCUGCGAGAAUAUGUCUGAAAUGUGCUUCGAGAAUCAUCCGAUAACAGAUAUUCUAGAAAUUUCUCCCUAGCAGCUGCCAGCACCAGUCCUAUAAAGCCACGAAUUGACGUCCUCUUAGGCAGCAAAAACCUCAGGCAGAAUUAGCUCGUAAAUAUUCUUCUUGUUCUCCAAGCGCAUUUCAGAUUUCUCUGUUUAGAAAUCAACAGCAAUGGCUUCGUCCCUGGCUCUUAGGAGGCUUGUCUCUUCCAACAUCCUACCCAGCUCCAUGCGCGUGAUACGCCCAAUCGCCACCUCUCCAUACACCUCCAGACUCUUUAACACCAACGCCAUGCGCGAAUUCGACGACCAUGGUGACGAGCGUGACCUCAACGAUGAUCGACGCCAAGUUCGUUCACUCUCUCGCCGCGGCGAUGGUUUCUUCUCAGAUGUAUUUGACCCUUUUUCUCCAACGAGGAGCCUAAGCCAAGUCCUGAACAUGAUGGACCAAUUCAUGGAGAACCCAUUCCUCUCGGCUUCGCGUGGAAUGGGGGGUGGGCUCCGUCGAAGCUGGGACGCUAAGGAAACAGAGGACGCCUUGAACCUUCGCAUUGACAUGCCCGGCGUUGGGAAGGAGGAUGUCAAGGUCUCCGUGGAGCAGAACACUUUGAUCAUCAAAGGUGAGGCUGCCAAAGAAUCUGAAGAUGAGGAGAGUGGCGGGAAAUACACAAGCAGGAUCCAUCUGCCUGAGAAGAUUUACAAGACGGAUCAGAUUAAGGCUGAGAUGAAGAAUGGUGUGCUUAAAGUGGUUGUGCCAAAGAUUCAGGAGGAGGAGAGGAGUGAUGUGAUUCAGGUCCAAAUUGAAUGAUUUGCUGGGCUUUGUGCAGGAUACGUCUAAGUGUUUUUACCCUUUCUUUCGGCUCGGGCCUGUUUGGGUUUUAGUAGAUAUGUUUUAGGGUUUUGGGUACUUAGCUUUGUUUGGGAAAAUAAGUAAAUUUGCAAAAGACUUUUUCACAGUAUGAAACGGUGUAAAUUUACCAAAGGCUUCUUAACUGGCUUUUUUUGGAUCUUUGUGUUCGUCUGUU